AUGCAAGACAAAAUGAGAGGAGGAGCAAGCACUUACCAGAAAAACCAAGGGGGAUCAGGAGAAAAAGAAAACCAGACAGACGGAUCCAUGCUACAUCUAAAUACAAAAAAUGGAGAAAAAGCCUCAGGAACCCAAGAUCUCAGGGACCCACCGACCAAACCUCCAGUGAAAGAAGGAGACAAAAAAGAGAAAAAGGAACACAACAGAGAAAAUCCAGGACCCAGCACUACUCACAAGAGGAAACUAUCCCUGAUGACCGAUAAGGCCCAGAAGAAGAAAAAACAGGGAUACCAAUGCUGCUAUAAUCUAUACCCGGACCCAAGAAAUAAUAUUUGCAAAGAAUGUCCCUAUGGAACAUAUGGUUGGAACUGUAAACAGAAAUGUGCUUCAGGUUUUUAUGGACGACUGUGUCUGUCUGUUUGUGAGUGUCCCGACACUGAAUGUGACAGAGUCAACGGAUGUAUUGCAGCGCAGCACAUGGCAAGCGUGUCUUUACCACGGCGCUUAACGACCAUGACUACAGGAUUGGAAACAGGGCGACAAACAACAAAUAUGCCUACACAACAGGACUUAACGAGCCACCGGACAUUUAAAGGGCCAGUCCAUGUAACAGGUAGGACAAUGGGUUUUAGUUGAAUAAGCUGCAAAUAAUAUCAGGGUAUAACUGAAA